GGGUGGCUGGCAACUGGGUUGCUGCUUUGAGAAACCGGCUUGUAAGCAGCGGCGGGAAAGGCGCGUGUCGGCUUCUCACUGGCGCAGCCACCACCGAGGUCGCCGCUGUCCCGCCCUACCCGGGCGUCGUUGCUGACACCGGAGUGGACGAAGUGCGGUCCGGGCAUGGGGAGCGGGGUGGAUGCGAACGCCUCGGCUGCCUCUGCUGCUCGGCGGGUGACAGAGCUUUGUUACAACAUGGGACUUAUAAUUGCACUGGCUUCCCUCUGCCUGUUUUCCUUAGCAGAGGCCAGUUCCAAAGCCAUUACAACCUCUCUGACCACAAAGUGGUUUUCUCCUCCACUGUUAUUGGAAGCCAGUGAGUUCUUAGCAGAAGACAGUCAAGAAAAAUUUUGGAGUUUUAUAGAAGCCAGUCAAAAUAUUGGAUCAUCUGAUCAUCACGACAAUGAUCAUUCCUAUUACAAUGCGAUAUUGGAAGCCGCGUUUCAAUUUCUGUCACCUUUGCAGCAGAAUUUGUUGAAAUUUUGUCUCUCUCUUCGUUCCUACUCAGCCUCAAUUCAAGCCUUCCAGCAGAUAGCAGUUGAUGAGCCUCCACCAGAAGGAUGUAAGUCAUUCUUUUCAGUACAUGGGAAGCAGACCUGUGAUUUUGAUAAUCUGGAUACCCUUCUACUAACUGCACCUGACAGACCUAAGCCUUUGUUGUUCAAAGGAGAUCACAGAUUCCCCUCAUCGAAUUCUGAAAGUCCUGUGGUGAUUUUCUACUCUGAGAUUGGCCAUGAAGAAUUUUAUAAUAUUCACCAUCAACUUAUAUCAAAAAGCAAUGAAGGCAAAAUUAAUUAUGUAUUCAGACAUUAUAUAUCUAAUCCCAAGAAGGAGCCUGUUUACCUUUCUGGCUAUGGUGUGGAAUUGGCAAUUAAGAGCACGGAGUACAAGGCCAAGGAUGAUACUCAGGUGAAAGGAACUGAGGUGAAUACCACAGUCAUUGGUGAGAAUGAUCCUAUUGAUGAAGUUCAGGGGUUUCUUUUUGGAAAAUUAAGAGAACUGCACCCCUCUUUGGAAGAACAACUGAGAGAAUUCCGAAAGUACCUUGUGGAGAGCACCAAUGAGAUGGCACCCUUGAAAGUUUGGCAGCUGCAAGAUCUCAGUUUCCAGACUGCUGCCCGCAUCCUGGCUGCUCCUGUGGAGUUAGCUUUGGUGGUGAUGAAGGAUAUUAGUCAGAAUUUUCCUACAAAAGCCAGAGCAAUAACAAAAACAGCUGUGAGCUCACAACUUAGAACGGAAGUGGAAGAGAACCAGAAGUAUUUCAAGGGAACCAUAGGACUGCAGCCUGGAGAUUCAGCUCUCUUCAUCAAUGGACUUCAUAUUGAUUUAGAUACCCAGGAUAUAUUCAGUUUGUUUGAUACGCUGAGGAAUGAAGCCCGGGUAAUGGAGGGUCUGCACAGACUAGGAAUAGAAGGCCUUUCUCUACAUAAUAUUUUGAAGCUCAACAUCCAGCCUUCUGAGACUGACUAUGCAGUAGACAUCAGGAGUCCUGCUAUUUCAUGGGUCAACAAUCUAGAGAUUGAUAGCCGAUAUAAUUCAUGGCCUUCUAGUUUACAAGAGUUACUUCGACCUACCUUUCCUGGUGUUAUACGGCAGAUCAGGAAAAACUUGCAUAACAUGGUGUUUAUUAUUGAUCCUGUGCAUGAGACCACAACCGAGUUGAUUAGCAUAGCUGAGAUGUUCCUCAGCAAUCACAUACCAUUAAGGAUUGGUUUUAUCUUUGUGGUCAAUGACUCGGAAGAUGUUGAUGGGAUGCAAGAUGCUGGAGUUGCUGUUCUGAGAGCGUAUAAUUAUGUGGUCCAAGAAGUGGAUGGUUACCACGCCUUCCAGAUUCUCACACAUAUCUAUAACAGGGUGAGGACUGGAGAAAAAGUGAAAGUGGAACAUGUGGUCAGUGUCUUGGAGAAGAAAUACCCAUAUGUCGAAGUGAACAGCAUUCUGGGGAUUGAUUCUGCUUAUGAUCAGAACCGGAAGGAAGCGAGAGGCUACUAUGAGCAGACUGGUGUUGGUCCCCUGCCUGUUGUCUUGUUCAAUGGCAUGCCCUUUGAAAAGGAGCAGUUGGACCCUGAUGAGUUGGAAACCAUUACAAUGCACAAGAUCUUGGAGACCACAUCCUUCUUCCAAAGGGCGGUAUAUUUGGGUGAACUGCCACAUGAUCAAGAUGUGGUAGAAUAUAUCAUGAAUCAACCAAAUGUUGUUCCACGAAUCAAUUCUCGGAUUUUGACCGCUAAACGAGAGUAUCUGGAUCUAACAGCCAGCAAUAACUUUUUUGUGGAUGAUUUUGCCAGAUUUUCUGCCCUGGACUCUAGGGGCAAGACUGCUGCUAUAGCCAACAGUAUGAACUAUUUGACAAAGAAAGGAAUGUCCUCCAAGGAAAUCUAUGACGAUUCCUUUAUUAGGCCAGUGACUUUUUGGAUUGUUGGGGAUUUUGAUAGCCCUUCUGGACGGCAGUUAUUAUAUGAUGCCAUUAAACAUCAGAAAACCAGUAACAAUGUUAGGAUAAGUAUGAUCAAUAAUCCCAGACAAGAGAUAAGUUACUCAAGCACUCCAGUCUUCAGAGCGAUCUGGGCAGCUCUCCAAACACAGACCUCCAACUCUGCUAAGAACUUCAUCACCAAGAUGGCCAAAGAGGAGACAGCAGAGGCCCUGGCUGCAGGAGUGGACAUUGGGGAAUUCUCUGUUGGGGGCAUGGAUGUCAAUCUUUUUAAAGAGGCCUUUGAAUCUUCCAAAAUGGAUUUCAUUUUGUCUCAUGCCCUGUACUGCAGGGAUGUUCUGAAGCUGAAGAAGGGGCAGAGAGUGGUGAUCAGCAACGGAAGGAUCAUCGGGCCGCUGGAGGAGAGUGAGCUCUUUAAUCAAGAUGAUUUCCACCUCCUAGAAAAUAUCAUCUUAAAAACAUCAGGACAGAAAAUAAAAUCUCACAUCCAACAGCUUCGUGUAGAAGAAGACGUGGCAAGUGACCUGGUAAUGAAGGUGGAUGCUCUCCUGUCAGCGCAACCCAAAGGCGAGGCAAGGAUCGACUACCAGUUCUUUGAAGACAAACACAGUGCAAUUAAACUGAAGCCCAAGGAAGGGGACACAUACUAUGAUGUGGUAGCUGUCGUUGACCCUGUCACAAGAGAAGCACAGAGGCUCGCCCCCUUGCUCUUGGUUUUGACUCAGCUGAUAAAUAUGAAUCUAAGAGUAUUUAUGAAUUGCCAAUCUAAACUUUCCGACAUGCCUUUGAAAAGCUUUUACCGUUAUGUCUUAGAACCAGAGAUUUCUUUCACCGCAGACAACAGCCUUGCUAAGGGACCGAUAGCGAAGUUUCUGGAUAUGCCACAGUCUCCACUGUUCACUUUGAAUUUGAACACACCUGAGAGUUGGAUGGUGGAAUCUGUCAGGACGCCAUAUGAUCUUGAUAACAUUUAUCUAGAAGAGGUGGACAGUAUAGUCGCUGCUGAGUAUGAGCUGGAGUACCUGUUACUAGAGGGCCAUUGCUACGAUGUCACCACGGGCCAGCCCCCUCGAGGACUGCAGUUCACGUUAGGGACUUCAGCCAGCCCAACAACUGUGGACACAAUUGUGAUGGCCAAUCUGGGAUAUUUUCAGCUCAAAGCCAACCCAGGAGCCUGGAUUCUCAGACUAAGGAAGGGGCGCUCUGAUGAUAUUUAUAGAAUCUACAGCCACGAUGGUACAGAUUCUCCUCCUGAUGCAAAUGAUGUUGUUGUCCUCCUCAAUAACUUCAAAAGCAAGAUCAUCAAAGUGAAGGUUCAGAAGAAAGCAGACAUGGUUAAUGAAGACUUGCUGAGUGAUGGAACGAGUGAGAAUGAAUCUGGAUUUUGGGACUCAUUUAAAUGGGGCUUUUCAGGACAGAAGACUGAGGAAGUAAAACCUGAAAAAGAUGACAUAAUCAAUAUUUUCUCUGUUGCAUCUGGUCAUCUCUAUGAAAGAUUUCUUCGCAUAAUGAUGCUAUCAGUGCUGAAGAAUACCAAAACUCCUGUGAAAUUCUGGUUCUUGAAGAAUUAUUUGUCCCCCACAUUUAAGGAAUUUAUACCUUACAUGGCCAGCAAAUACAACUUUCAGUAUGAGCUUGUUCAGUACAAAUGGCCGCGGUGGCUUCAUCAGCAGACAGAGAAGCAGCGGAUCAUCUGGGGCUACAAGAUCCUCUUCCUGGAUGUGCUUUUCCCACUGGUUGUUGACAAGUUCCUGUUUGUAGAUGCUGAUCAGAUUGUACGGACAGAUCUGAAAGAGUUAAGGGAUUUCAAUUUGGAUGGUGCCCCUUACGGUUACACUCCUUUCUGUGAUAGCAGAAGAGAGAUGGAUGGCUACCGGUUCUGGAAGUCAGGGUACUGGGCCAGUCAUUUGGCUGGGCGGAAGUAUCAUAUCAGUGCACUGUAUGUCGUGGAUCUGAAGAAGUUUAGGAAAAUAGCUGCUGGUGACAGACUCAGGGGACAGUACCAAGGUCUGAGUCAAGAUCCCAACAGUCUUUCAAAUCUUGAUCAAGAUUUGCCCAAUAACAUGAUCCAUCAGGUGCCAAUCAAAUCCCUCCCUCAAGAAUGGCUGUGGUGUGAGACGUGGUGUGAUGACGCAUCUAAGAAGAGGGCUAAGACCAUCGACCUGUGUAAUAAUCCCAUGACUAAAGAACCCAAACUGGAGGCUGCUGUGCGAAUCGUCCCUGAGUGGCAGGACUAUGAUCAGGAGAUCAAGCAGCUGCAGAGCCUCUUCCAAAAGGAGAAGAAGAUGGGGACCCUGCGUAUAGAGAAGACACAGGAAGAACCUGAGAAACAUGAAGAAUUAUGAUCUCCGGAGGAAGAUGGGAAAUCCCACCAUCUGACAGUUUUUAUACUAAAUGGUUUUUUCUGAUCUGUCAAUACAACUGCUGAAGAACUGACUGGGCAGGUGUCCACACCUAUUGAUUUAGACUACUGCACCCCAGUGGGUGCUGGAUCUUUGGGGCUAAGGCUCUGUUGGAUUUGUACCUCAGAGGAAGACAAGUGGCUGAUCUUCUGGGACUCUCUUCACACCAGAGGGAGAAAUGGUGGCAGCAACUGAAGGAAGCUAAGUCCUUUGGUGCCCACGUCCAAGAGCACACAUUGCUGCACUGGCUCAGAAGCUGGCCAGAAAAGCCACCAUGUUCUUCCUUACCUCAGUUUACCUGCAGCCCUUGCUGCACUGCAGAUGCCCACCCUGCACCAGGUCAGGCUGGCAGAUGCUUCAUCCAAGGUCCCUGCCUCAAGGUCUCUGCCAACAUGCUUCUCCCAUCUUGUGCCCCACAUUCUCUUCCCAGGCAUUAGGCUCAUUGUUAUUGAGCCCAACCGAUAAUCAUGUGUCUUCAGGGUUGGCUCAGUUGCUAAGAAACCAGUCUUGAGGAGAACUGGGGCUGUUUGGAUGAGGGUUGUGGAGACGACAGGCAGGGGGGAGUUUUGUGGUGUUCAAAGGAAGAAGACAAAAAAUUGGCCAUUCUCUUCCAGUCUGCUGUGGCUGACUUUAAAGGAAGCUUUAUUCUAUUCCCAGUGAACUUUCUACAUAAUUGUUUUGUAAACGAUUUUUAUAUUUAUGAAAAUGUUUGGUUUUUCUUCCUACUUUGUAAAAAACUGUUGGCUAUCAGUUUCCUGGCUGGGCACAGGCACACGGAGUCCCUCAGUGAUGCAUCUCAGUGUACUCAGCCUCCGUCUGGAUGGCCACCGCAGUUUUCUCAGACCCAUGACGAGGAAUGACUGUCUCUGGAACUCAGUUUCCUGUACUCUGUCUGUUUCCCUUUCAUUUUGGCUCUGUGAUUCCUUUAGCUUUGGAGACUCGUCCAAGGUCCGGUACAGUUCUAAGGUAACUGCUGCUGUGUGAAGCAGCACCCGUCAUUGCUUUGUGUAUGUCCACAGCCCAGCCUCACCUGGCUAUACAGGUGUCUGGUGUCACCUCUGCCCAGGAGUCAGGGAUCUGCAGCAGAGAGGGUUUCUGGGUACUGACCUGCCUUCCAGCUCACGGGGGCUGUUCUUCCUCUUUAACCUGCCUUUUAAAAACAAGAAGGGAGCUGGGGUGUGGCUCAGUGGCAAAGUGCUUGUCUAGCAAGCUCAAGGCCCUGAGUUCCAUCCUAGCAUUGCACCCCCACCCCCUCAGAAAGAGUGACUAUGAAGAGUGAGUACACAGGAGAAGUCCUUGCCCAUCUGAGCUAGGUAAUACAUGUGUUUCCAAGGAGGAAUGAUCCACAGUAGCCAUAGUUGGGAUUUGAAUGGGACGUUAUUAAGUAAUAAAUAGAGAGAGACGGCAAAGCAUCAUCUAUUGGGAGCUCACACAACCAGCAGAAACUCCUUACUUAACUCAGCCCCUGGAGUUCCCCAAUGAGUGUCCUGGGCAGAGCAGAGUGUUCCCUCAGGUAAGGAUACAACUGAAAGAACAAAUAAGAAACUAAAAACACCAUCAUCAGAUUCGGUGUUCACAGCAUCCAGCAGAAACCAGCUGAGCUUGCAGCCUUCCUUCCCACUGCAGGCACGUAGACAGCGGGCUAAGCAAUGGCUGAGUCCUCUGACCUUGCAAAAGUGUCUGGGAAUGAAUUACUUCCCAGCUGUGUUCAAGAAUGUCAUGUUUGACUCUUGGACUAUUGAACUGUUUUGUCAUGAAGUUAGAGGGGGCCUCACAUCCCUAGACUAAGGACCUUGGAGGACACGUUGAGAUAAACAUGUUCCGUAGCCAGCUUAGCUAGCUCAUGACAUCAACACGCUGUAUAUUGCAACAUGAACUUUAAAAUAAAAAUUUCACCACACAUAUCAAGUAAUUAAUUCUUUCCCCAUUUUCAAAUCCAAAAGUUAACUUAGAGCCAGCCUUUGUUCAGGCUUCGUGUCCACGUUGUAUUAAGUUUCCAGGGAUGCCACUACUGCUGUCCUCAGCUGGAGGCAGGGACACAGUGCUCCCCGUGUCCUGGGAGCCCGUGAUAAGCAGGAAAUAAUCAGGUCACCAGGAUGUGCUUUUUAAUAUUGGCCCAGUGGUCAGUUUCCUUCUUUUUACCAAGUCAUUCAUGCGUCCUCUGUGGUUCCUCGUGUGUCACCACCCUGACAUAAGUCAUAGUAGUAGCUGAUGCUGGAUAGGACAGACCCAGCUUGCUUCUAAAGUUGUUCAGGCCCCUCCUUUGCCAGCUUCUUCCUCGCUUCCAGCUUCAUCUCCACAAAUUUAGCAGAUGCCCCAGAAGUGAUGCUGCCAUUAAGUGCCCCAGGGAAGGUGUCUGCGUUGGUUUCAUAGCUCCAUGGGAAAGCACACUGUGACUGGAAAGAGAGGUGAAAUAGUUUCCAAGAAGCAGGAGAUAACGGAUCACAUGGAUUGUCCAAGCUUCUGGAAAGUUCACUGUUGUUCUUGGCAUGCGCAUAUAUAGUUUUUUUGACCUCUUGUCAUAUAGUAGUAGAAAGUUUGCUUUCUGAGUCAGUAGGGUAGGGUGAACUGUGACUCGUCAGAAUUACAUGCGCCGGUGCGAGUCAGUCUCUGUGUUCUGCAGAAAGCAGCACUUGAUUGGCAUCCUGGACUGUGAGGGCACAGCUCUCCAGCAUCCUGGGUUUAGUUGACAGUGGUGGUGUAUUGGUUUCAUAAGAUGUUGACAUUGUUAGUCUGGCGGAAGCUGCCUUUCUGAUGAGCAUGCUUGUCUCCAGGUGCACAUGCAUUGUGUUGGGCCUGUCUGGCCAGGAGCAGGCUCCACAUUUCCUGACGCUACUUGAAACUGUGUUCUGAACCUCGUUGAGGCUCUGUCUGAUGUGUGUCAUCUGGUUUCAGGCUGAGUUCCCGGAUGAUGCCCCAAGAGCCCAGAGAUAAAGAAGGAAGAGAAAAACAGGAAGUCAGCUUGACUGGCGUGAUUUAGAACUGUCAGACAGCUCUCACAUGGUCAGGAGUACGAAGUCGCUCCUCUUGUCCCUAGCUCCUCCAUGACUAAAUCUUUUUCUAAAAUUGUUCUUAGACCUGCAUGAUUAAAAGAAAUCAUUUGCCUGAGGAGUUGGGAGGGUAUUCUGGUCCACUUUGCAGGAUAGAUUUCAUGGAAGGCUGUGGAGUGUGUCUAUGCACGAUUCCUAAAUGUGACUUCAGGGCUCCAUCUUCUUAGUGAGUUAUUGGGUACUUGACUUUCUGAGGACGUUGUGUGACGACGACCAGAGCCGGUCAGAUGGCUCAUCAUGUCUCUUGUUUAGGAAGCUAGCACUUUUUUGUUGUUGGAAGUCAUGAGCUCCUGUUUUCUCUGCCUUAAGGUAACGAGGAAAGUCUUAAUGAGGACUUUCACAUGCCGGAUCAAGUCCAAGCACAUUAAACACUGUCACUCAGGAAGUUACUGAAAUUUCCCAUUUCUCCCCCAUCGCUGGUGUCUGUCUCUCCGUGUAGUAACAGAAAGAGCCCUUCUGUGUUACAUAGCGAUGGUGAGUCAGUGAGUUGGACAGAGACUCUCCUUCCCAUGGUGCCAGUGAGUGCUGACAGUUCAUAGCAGCAAGUGACAGAGUCAGCGCCAAGCACCAACAUGCUCCCGGGAAGUCCAUGAACUUGGGGAAGGAAAGCAGGAGACCUCUCCUGAGUGUCCUGGGUCCCUCGCAGCAUGGAGGGUCUGUGACUCAUGAGUAGGGCUUGGAGCCAUGGUCUCUUCCCGCCCGUGCUUUCUGCACUGCCUUAUGUCCCCAUUGAGCUCAGUAGAGAAAUGGGCACCAUUCCUUUAACCAGAUGCAAACCACACUAACCUAAGGUUGGCAGUUUGGAACAAAAGACUCCCAAGCACUCUGUUUUCCAACCAAAAAAAGGAAAAAUGGAGACAAAACUUAGGGUGUUUAAAGAAAUCAUGUCCAACUUUCCACUCAAACCCACACCUCACUUGGUAUGAGGUUAAUGUCUGUGAAUGUCUUAGUCCAAAGGAUGCUGGUUUAUCAUGAGAGUAAGCUCUGCUCAACACAAUAAACUCCUCUUCUCUUCUUUA